AUGUCAAGAAAUGGACCACAGGCAAUUGAACCUGCACCUGCACCUCCAGAAAAUAACCAUGCAGGAGGACCGUUUGUCAAUGCUAACCGAUUACUAAACAACAAUAACCGAAGCCCUCUGGUCAACUUCAGAGACAGAUUGUUCCAUACCUUGUUCUACAGAGCAGCAUUGGCAUAUGCAAGAACAUUUCCUAGACCUUUGAGAAGAUUCAUAGAGUUCAUUAUACUUAUUAAAGCAUUAACUGCAUUUUUUGUGCUGGUGUAUAUACACAUUGCAUUUUCAAGAACACCAUCCUCAUGUUUGAUGCAUAUCAAAGAUUCCUGGCCUAGAGAUGGAAUCUUGAGAGUAGAGAUCAUCAGAAAUGCUGGGAAGGAUUAUAACAUUGAACAAAGCUAUGCCAAGGAGGAAAAACUCAAGCAGCAGGGGAAGGUUGAGGAUUUUGUACAUGUCAUAGGGUUACUAGCUAGAGAUAGUUUCAUCAACAUUGAGCCAACAGCUGUGGAAGAUAUCAACAAAGAAACAGAGCCACUCAAAUCAGACUAUACCAACAGUACCUCAAGUUUAUUUGCUCCAGUUGAUGAAAAAAUCAUUGCAGAUGCAUUAGUUAAUGUCUCCAAGAUAUCUCCUACUAUUUGGAAAGAUUAUGAGAUGCUGACAGAAUAUCCUUUGGGACUUAAUGAGCGUUCAUCAAUGCCUGAACACAUCAUUGACAGGACUGAAAAUGAUGCAAAUGUGACUCAGAAGGUGGGAGUUGAAGAAAUAAAGGAGGAAAUUCAAGAUAUCAAUAAAAUGAGAACUUUCCCUGAUGAUGAAUAUAUCAUUGAGUUUUCCCUUGAGUAUGGUUUUCUGAGGCUCAGUCCAGCAACUAGGGCUAGACUAAAGAUUCCUGUUGAGAUUGUGACUCUAGAUCCAGCUAAAGAUGCCUGUUUUGGUGAUGCUUUCAGUCGUCUGGUGCUGGAUGAAUUUUUAGGUUAUGAUGACUUGUUGCUUGCAUCCAUCAAGACUUUGGCUGAAAAAGAGGAGAACAAGGGGUAUCUCAGGUGA